AUGCUACUAUUGCACCACCGCAUGGGAUAUAGCAUCAUCACACUGACAGAAUCUCAAAGAAACCUGUAUAAAUGGGCAAAUCUGGAGAAAUAUUUAUUAUAUAAAGGACAAAAGUACUCCUCUGUGAAUGUGCUAGGCCGUUUCUGCAUCAUAUUACUUAUUAUUUAUACGUUUAGUACCAUAUUUCUAGCUAUCAGUAUGAGCACAUCGAGUUGGUUUAUACUGCGAUUUGGCAAAAAAUAUGAGAGCUAUAGCCUUUUUAUGAACUGUUGGGAUCAACCACUUCAGCUUACCGUGUGUAAAAUGUACACACUAGUUAAAAAACACGAAAGCUUCUUCCCGGCCAUUGCGUUAUCUACUGGAAAAGGAAGUGCUCAGGUUAAGUACGCCUUCGCAAUGCUAGGGGUCUCUAUUUUCCAUAUUAUUUGCCAAGUUGUUGCCCUUUUUAAUAUCUUUUGGAUAGCAGGACGUCCAACACGAUCACGCAUGCUCUUUGCGACGAUUCUCUUCCUUUGUUUGUGUGUGUUCGCUGGCACUACCAACCUUAUUUUGUUUUCUUAUUCCGUUCAGUGUGAGAUCAAGGCUUGCGGACUCAGUACCCAAAGAGGCCGAGGAUGUGAGCUCUAUUAUGGAUGGGGUUACAGGCUUUAUAGUGCACUAAUUGGAAUCAAUACAUUCUGUGUAUUGAUGUCAAUCUGUAUGUACAGCUACAUCUAUAUGAUAUCUCAGAGAAUUUCUGCACAGUUAGAGGGACAUCGAGGCUGUCGGUAUGGACAAGAAGCUGCUCAACGACAUAUUCAUGACCGCAACAGUAGCAAGGCUUUUUUUGAUGGAGACAACGACACAAGCAACACAGUCAACAAUGAUAGCUUUAUUACGUCCACUGAAAUCAAAACUUUCCCAACGCAGGCAAAUGCCACACUGAGAGAUGGAAAAGGUAGUGGCUGUCAUCUACCUAACACCAACAAAAACUUCAACACAUCGAGUCAGAGUGGGGGACUCGCCCAUUCACCCCUUUAUUCAUCACAGAACCUUCGGCAAUUGGAUGGGGCUCAGAAUAUGGGUAAUCCCAGUCAAACACGGUUCAGAAGUACCAAAAGUGAAAGAAAUCAGAUGCGUGUAUUUUUUCUGAAUGAAGAUAAAAACCACUUUAUCCCCAACAAAGAGAGCCACAUGGCUUCUGAUACCCUUCAUUGUCUUAACACCACACGAGCUCUGUCUGAGCAACAUUUGGACACGUCUUCGUCUCUUCUAGGUUCUGUUCAGGGUAAAGAGGCCCUUCACGAGUCUGCUUUGUGCCCCAAAUCUCGAUGGGGUGAUUUUUUUCACAAAGGUAAGGCUGCUCCUUUUGUUAAUGGACGGCAUACGAGGUCGGAGGAGUGUCAGAUCACCAAUUCACAGCAUAAUGACUGUGAUGAGCAACGAUACGUGCGUAAACACCGUAGCGCUUUUGCUCAUCUUUUCAGAUGGGAUUCUGAUCCAGAUUACAUCACUGCGGCGGAGCUUGGCGUGCAGAUCGACGGCGCCAACGAUUGGGUAUAUCACGACCGGAGCGAUAUGUACUACUCAUUCGAGCGGAACAUGUUUUGGGAUCCGCUAACACAUGAGUAUUAUAACUGCGCGUUAAAAUGUUGGCAAGAAACACCUGAAAAAAUUGUUCAUACCUGUAUGUUGGAAACCGAAGCGGCAGAGAAAAAGAGGAGAAGAAUUGAAUUGAAGAAAAAUACACGAUGA